GUAACACCACGCUAGAACACGGGAGCAUGGUCGCUAGCUCGGGCUGUAAUCGGUGAAAGAUGGACUUUUAUCCAGAUGGACAGCUGAUCAUCGUCUAAAAUGGUGCACACUGCUUCUAUUCUCAGAGCUAAUCUGCUGCAGUGAAACACCGUAACCACACACACUCCCACUUCCUGUUCUGUGUACUGAAGUGAGUCUAGCUUCAGUGGUACACACACACCUGAGGAACAACUAUAAUAAUCAUCUGUACCUCUGAUCCUCAGAGCGUUUUUGCACCCACUUACAGACCCGUAUCACACUCAUCACAAGUAUUUAAAUCUCAUUAGCCGCUAACAGCAAACAUGGCCAGUAUUCUGUCCAAGUGCGGCAAAGUCCUGCUGCGCCGGCGACCGUUGGAUUUUUCUGGUGAAGAAACCCAGUUUGCUCGCUGCCUGUCCACCCUGGACCUGAUCGCCCUGGGGGUGGGCUCCACGCUGGGGGCCGGCGUCUACGUCCUCGCUGGCGAGGUCGCCCGGGAGAAGGCAGGGCCGGCCAUCGUCCUCUGCUUCCUCAUCGCCGCUCUGUCCUCCAUGCUGGCCGGCCUGUGCUACGCCGAGUUUGGCGCCCGGGUCCCCAAGACGGGGUCUGCAUACCUGUACAGUUACGUGACGGUCGGAGAGAUCUGGGCCUUCAUCACCGGGUGGAACCUCAUCCUCUCCUACGUCAUAGGUACGGCGAGCGUGGCCAGGGCCUGGAGCUCAACGUUUGAUAACCUGGUGGAACAGAAGAUCUCCGGCUUCUUCAAGGAGUGCAUGACGAUGAAGGUUCCCGGUGACGUGCUGGCCGAGUACCCCGACCUGUUUGCUCUGAUCCUGGUCCUGCUGCUCACCGGGCUUCUGGCCUUCGGCGUGAGCGAGUCUGCGUUGGUCAACAAGAUCUUCACGGGGAUCAACCUGGUGGUUCUGGGGUUUGUUAUCAUCUCUGGCUUCGUCAAGGGGGACACGGCCAACUGGAACCUGACGAAAGACGACUACUUCAGCUACCGGAACAGCACCAACAGCACCAGCAGGGUGGAGAAGGAAUUUGGCGAGGGAGGCUUCGCACCAUUCGGCUUUGCUGGAGUCUUGUCUGGUGCAGCCACCUGCUUCUACGCCUUCGUGGGCUUUGACUGCAUCGCCACGACCAGCGAGGAGGCGAAGAACCCGAUGCGGUCCAUCCCGAUCGGCAUCGUGGCCUCGCUGCUGAUCUGCUUCUUCGCCUACUUCGGCGUGUCCGCUGCUCUGACCAUGAUGAUGCCGUACUACCAGCUGGACGUGCAGAGUCCCCUGCCGGAGGCCUUCAGCUACGUGGGCUGGGCCCCCGCCCGGUACAUCGUGGCUGUGGGUUCCCUCUGCGCUCUGUCCACCAGCCUGCUGGGGUCCAUGUUCCCGAUGCCCCGAGUCAUUUACGCCAUGGCUGAGGACGGGCUGCUGUUCCGCGUCCUGUCCAGGAUUAACGCUCGUACCAAGACCCCCAUGUUGGCGACUAUUGUUUCUGGCAUCGUUGCAGCUCUGAUGGCCUUCCUCUUCGACCUGGGAGCGCUGGUCGACCUCAUGUCCAUAGGAACGCUGCUGGCCUACUCUUUAGUCGCCAUCUGCGUCCUGAUUCUCAGGUACCAGCCCGGGACCCUGAGCUCGUCCAGCCAGAUGGAGAAGCUGGUGGAGCUGGUGGAGGGGGAGAAGGUGCCGGUCAGCGGGGGGGACAGCGGGGACGAGUACAGCGCAGAGACGGACGAGCGGCCGCUCCGGGACACCUUCACCUUCACACUGCUCUUCUCCCCGAGCCGAAAGAUCCCCACCCAGACCUCCGGCACCAUCGUCUACGCCACCACGGCUAUUAUCUCGGUUCUCAUCACGGUCCUGUGCAUCAUCAUGGCCAACUUCCUGCCGCAGCUGCUGUCGGGCCACGCCGGCGUGGUGGUGCCCUGUGUCCUCCUAGCUCUGCUCUGCGCCGUCUGCAUCGUCAUCAUCUGGAGGCAGCCGGAGAGCAAAGAGGCCCUCACCUUCAAGGUCCCCCUGCUGCCCUGGCUGCCCCUGUUCAGCGUGUUCGUCAACAUCUACCUCAUGAUGCAGCUGGACUGGGGAACCUGGUGCCGCUUCACCGUCUGGAUGCUCAUCGGUUUCGCCAUCUACUUCUUCUACGGCAUCCGGAACAGCAGUGAGUCCUCCCACCGGUCUCCGGUGCUGCAUAACAAGAGCCCCAUCUACAAGGGCGCCCCCGACGAGAGCGACGUGGAAGCGGGCAGCAGCCCCUGAUGCAGCCGCACACCCGGGGAGGGGGGGGGGCGUUGCAGAGCAUGAAUGAUGCCCUGAGUUUGAGACGAGGAGAGGCAAGAACACUCACACAUCUGACCUCGGAGCUCGGAGGCUGACGGUGGCUGGACGCUGAGGCGGAGCUGCUCUCUGGCCCGCGGCGCUCCUCACCGGCCUGUCUGCUUAGCCUUAGCCCACGGCAGACCUUCACCUGCCUGAAACCUGCUUUGAAUAGACCUCACUAACGCCGGGUACCGCGGUACUCUGUCAACACGUGUGUCGUUUGUUUCUGUGAUCUAAAGCUGUAACUUUGAACAAUGUUACUCUUAACUAUUUUUGUCUGUUACAAGUAUACCGUGGCUGUGCGCGUCAUCUCGCCACUAGACGUGAAUAAAUAUGCUCAUGUAAAUCACUAUACGGCAGAACUUGAGCAGAUGAGUUUACAACUGUAAAGAUGGGAUUGAUUCUGUUCUUGUCGCUCCCUGUAAUUUAUUUUGUGCGUCAGUAGAGGCGCAAGCUGCAGGAAAGCAGUUAAUCCAUGACAGACCACUGCUGCUUCGCUCUGAGAUCCCUCCUCAUGUUUGCUCGCCACGCUUAGCCCUGGAUUUUUGUAACGUUUUUUUAAAGAUGGUGCUCCCAGUGUUGGAUGUGGUGUCAUGGCCCCGCCCCCACGGUCCCUGACAUCAGUAUUUCAUUGCCGGACCAGUAGAGUUUGUGUUUUUCUGGCCCGCAGGUGGUUGACACAGAAAGAGCCUGUAGAGCCUGUAGAGCGCCGUGCUAGUUAUGGAACGUUUUAGUAUCUGUAAAGUUGGGCAUACACUGUGCGAUAUUUUAAAUCGUAUGAGACUGCUCCAUCUCACACUGCACGACUAGAUCGCGGAGUUCAAAAGUUCACAGCCCACGAUUUAUGUUCUCACACUGUACGAGCCGAUGCUCGGAUGCGACCCGUCUGCUCACACUAUACGAUCAUAAUCCUCCCGUUGGACUUCUGUGUACUGGAACUGGAGGCCGGUUUUGGGGCAGGAGUGAGCUGUGUCCACCCAAACGUGCGUCCUGCCCACCCGAUCAAAGGUUAUGGGGAUCCUUAUUUUUUUAUAAUUUUUUAAUUUUUUUUAUAUAUAUAUUUAAAAAAUCCCCAAAUAUCUGUACCGUUUCUGAUUGAGCAGGCACUGCGCAUCAUUUUUAGACACAACAAAGAACGCAUACAGCAAAAGUUGUGUCUCGGCGGCGUCCCAGCAAAAUGAGAAGAGAAAAAAGAGUUGUUCCGAACAGCAGACAGCGCACACACUGAAGGCUGAUUUAUGGUUCUGCGUUACA